ACUGUCAUUGAAGAGAUAAUGAAAAAAUUUCUGACUUUUCGUACACAAAUUUUUGUGAAGACAAAUUUUUGGCUGACCAAAAUAAAAAAAACACCCCAAUAAAGAUGUGGUACGAGUGUAUUCCAUCAUAUGCAAUUAUGACCAUUUGCAUGUCGAUGCCAAAUGUUGUCUUGUACGGACUUAAUAAAUUGACCCAAAAUGGAAAUGCCUAUAGUCGAUGUGCGGACGAGAGAUGGGACCGAUUUUUUAUUGCAAGAGAUCGUGCUCACACUGGCAGCGAAUACGUUUGCAAUGGCUUGGAAACCAUUCCAGAUGAACCACAAAAGAAGUGAGCCGCAAAAAUAGGCAUACACCGAAACCACACCAUUUAAAUUCUUGUAGCCGAUUAAAUAAGAAAUAAAUUAAAACAACAAUGUAUAGAUGAACAUCAAUGGAA